GUUUCUCCCUUGCCUCUCUUCCUUUCUGCAAUCAAACCGUCUUGCUUUAUUUUGUAUAGCUCUACCUCCUACCUUCUUCUCCUAUAACUGCGCUAUCUACAUCAACUCUUGCCCCUGCCCUGUCUGGUUAAAGAUAGGUACCUGAGCGUCUGAAGACGACACCGCCGCUCGGCCUCAAAAGAAGACCAUGACGGACGUUACGAUGCAGGUCGAGAACCCCCAAGAGACCGUGGAGUUGAUCAAGCAGGGCGAGAUCGAUGAGUCCCUGUACAGCCGGCAACUGUAUGUGCUUGGCCACGAGGCCAUGAAGCGCAUGGGCUCUUCGAAUGUUCUCGUCGUUGGCCUCAAGGGCCUGGGUGUGGAAAUCGCCAAGAAUAUUGCUCUCGCGGGUGUCAAGUCCCUCACUCUUUAUGAUCCCGCACCGGUUGCCAUCGCAGAUCUCUCCUCCCAGUUCUUCCUCCAAGCUCAAGAUGUCGGCAAGCCCCGCGCCGAAGUCACCGCCCCACGAGUCGCCGAGCUCAAUUCCUACGUUCCCGUGACAAUCCACGAGGGCGACAACCUUGCUGGAGACUUGGAACAGCUGAAGCGCUAUCAAGCAGUGGUCUUGACCCAGACGCCACUGAAGGAGCAGCUGGCGAUUGCGGACUUCUGCCACAAAAACGGCAUCUAUAUCACGAUUACGGAUACUUUCGGUCUGUUCGGUUACAUUUUCAACGACUUCGGUAAGAACUUCACGGUCGGCGAUCCUACUGGUGAAGAGCCUGUUGGCGGCAUUAUUGCCGAUAUCGAUGAGGACGGUCUGGUGUCCGCCUUGGAUGAGACUCGGCACGGCCUGGAGGAUGGCGACUUUGUGACUUUCACUGAGGUCAAGGGCAUGGAUGGACUGAACAACAGCGCUCCUCGCAAGAUCACUGUCAAGGGCCCAUAUACUUUUAGCAUUGGGGACGUCUCCGGUCUUGGCUCCUACCAGGGUGGUGGUCUCUACCAGCAAGUGAAAAUGCCCAAAUUUGUUGAUUUCCAGCCUCUGUCGGAACAGAUCAAGAAGCCAGAGCUUCUUGUCUCUGAUUUCGCCAAGUUUGACCGACCCCAGCAGCUCCACAUCGGUAUCCAGGCUCUCCACAAAUUUGCGGAGACCAAUGACCGUCAAUUCCCCCGCCCGCACAACGACAGCGAUGCUCAGGAGGUCCUGAAGAUCGCCAAUGAGCUUGCCGCGGUGGGAGAGGAGAAGAUUGAACUGGAUGAGAAGAUUAUUAAGGAGCUAAGUUACCAGGCUCAAGGUGACCUGAACCCCUUGGCCGCCUUCUUCGGAGGAAUCGCUGCUCAGGAAGUUCUCAAGGCCGUCUCUGGAAAGUUUAGCCCUGUGCACCAGUGGAUGUACUUUGAUUCUUUGGAGUCUCUGCCCACUUCGACCACCCGCUCCGAGGAGAGCUGCAAGCCCACUGGUUCCCGUUACGAUGGCCAGAUUGCAGUCUUUGGUAAAGAGUACCAGGAGAAGCUUUCCAAUGUCACUCAAUUCCUAGUCGGUUCGGGUGCCAUUGGUUGUGAGACCCUGAAGAACUGGGCCAUGAUGGGUCUGGGUACUGGUCCUAAGGGCAAGAUCUUCGUCACGGACAUGGAUCAGAUCGAGAAGAGCAACCUGAACCGGCAGUUCCUUUUCCGGCCCAAGGACGUUGGUCGCCUCAAGAGCGAGUGUGCCUCUGCUGCAGUCCAAAUUAUGAACCCCGAUUUAAACGGUAAGAUUGUGACUCUCCGUGACCGCGUCGGCGCGGACACCGAGCACAUCUUUAAUGAGGAGUUCUGGAAUGAACUUGACGGUGUGACCAAUGCUCUGGACAACGUUGAUGCCCGCACGUAUGUGGACCGCCGUUGUGUCUUCUUCCGCAAGCCGCUUCUUGAAAGUGGUACUCUUGGUACCAAGGGCAACACUCAAGUGAUCCUACCAUUCAUCACCGAGUCUUACUCUAGCUCUCAGGAUCCUCCUGAGAAGUCGUUCCCUAUGUGCACACUGAAGAGUUUCCCCAACCGCAUUGAGCACACUAUUGCUUGGGCACGCGACCUCUUCCAGACCUACUUUGUCGGUCCCCCCGAAUCGGUCAACAUGUACCUCUCGCAACCCGACUACAUUGACCAGACCCUCAAACAGGCUGGUAAUGAGAAGCAGACCUUGGAGCACCUCCGUGACUUCCUGGUCACCGAGAAGCCCCUGACAUUCGAUGACUGCAUCGUCUGGGCCCGCCAACAGUUCGAGGCUCAGUACAACAAUGCUAUCCAGCAACUUCUUUACAACUUCCCCAAGGACUCAAAGACCUCUACUGGCCAGCCUUUCUGGUCUGGUCCUAAGCGUGCACCUACUCCUCUCAAGUUCGAUAGCUCCAACCCCACCCAUCUCGGAUUCGUGAUUGCUGGUGCAAACCUCCACGCCUUCAACUAUGGUAUCAAGAACCCUGGUGCCGAGAAGGAGUAUUACCGUAAGGUGGUGGACGAUAUGAUCAUCCCCGAGUUCACUCCUAGCUCGAACGUGAAGAUCCAGGCCGACGACAACGAGCCUGAUCCGAACGCCCAACCUGCUGGAGCUAGCAACGACAACGAUGAGAUUCAGAAGCUCGUUGCUCUUCUCCCUUCGCCCAAGUCACUGGCCGGUUUCCGUCUGCAACCUGUCGAGUUCGAGAAGGACGAUGACACCAACUAUCAUAUCGAUUUCAUUACUGCGGCGAGCAACUUGCGUGCCGAUAAUUACGAGAUCCCCCAGGCGGACCGUCACAAGACGAAGUUCAUUGCUGGAAAGAUCAUCCCCGCCAUUGCCACUGUCACGGCUCUCGUGACUGGUCUCGUUGCCUUGGAGCUCUUCAAGGUUGUCGAUGGCAAGGAUGACAUUGAGCAGUACAAGAAUGGCUUCAUCAACCUUGCGCUGCCGUUCUUUGGCUUCAGUGAGCCCAUCGCCAGUCCCAAGGGCAAGUACCAGGGCAAACAGGGUGAGGUCACCAUUGAUCGCCUCUGGGACCGCUUCGAGGUGGACGACAUCCCCCUUCAAGCGUUCCUCGACUACUUUGCCGAUCGCGGCCUGGACAUCACCAUGGUCAGCUCUGGUGUCAGCUUGCUGUAUGCCAGCUUCUACCCUCCUUCCAAAGUCAAGGACCGCCUCCCUCUGCAGAUGAGCAAGCUCGUCGAGCACGUCAGCAAGAAGCCCGUGCCCGAGCACCAGAAGAAUAUCAUCUUCGAGGUGACCGCCGAGGACCAGACCGAGGAAGAUGUGGAGAUCCCGUACGUGAUGGUCAAGAUGAGCAAGUAAAUAAAGGACUCGUUGAGACUGUUACAUUAGAAAAAAGCCCCUCGUGGUAGCAGUCUCUUCGGGGCAGGGAAGAGGCAACACAUUCAUGAUGAUUACCAACGAACCAGCUCGAUGCGAUGCUAGAACUCCAGUCUUGAAAUUCCAAUUGCUUCCUUUGGCUCACGCCU